AUGAGAUUCGCGGAACCCAGAUGCAGAAUCCAUAACGAGCGCAAUACAAGGAAGCUCUGGGGCUUUACUGAGUAUUUCAGAAGCAUCUUCACUUCUGGUGCCUCUUUGACUCCGAGUGCGGUCCCUACUUCAACAAUCAGCCCUACCGCAAAAACCAGCAACGUGCCUGUGACUACCCGCCCAAGCGCCAAUGCACCCCCGGGAUGGAGGCUUAAGUCUGUGACCUCGCCUGAAGCGCACCUCAAGCAGACGGCGCGCAGGGAGUCGGAAACACGCAAAGAAAUCUUCCAGUAUUCAUUCUACCCCGACCAUAACAUAUCGCCCGCCAGCAACGGCUUGGUCAGCGCCGCUCUUCAAGCGUACUCUUCGCAUCAUCAUCUGAUCCUGCGGUCUGAGGAUGCCUGGUUUGUGAUCCUCAUGCAGCUGUCGUUUUACAUCAACGCCAAUGCCGAAAAGCUGCGGAAUCAUUUCGUGGCCCGCCAAGGCAAAAAGGAGCUUGUUGUCGAAGAAGGGGGUACCAUUCGAACGGUCAAUCUUGGCCGGAUGGCCGUGUCGAUGACAGGUCAAAUGCACAAGUUCGUGGUGGACAAGGACCUUCGCCAGUGGAUCCUGCCAGACUUCUCUACAACCAACGACAAUGACACUGUAGUGGCGGCUGCGCUGUUCAUGGGUGCUAUGCAAGAGUACUUCAAGUACACGUAUCGCCUCCUGUGUGGUAUCCCCUCUGUUACCUUGGGGAGAAGCAUGACUGGGUUCGCCUUCGGGACCGUGUGGAGAAAACUGAUGAAUGGGGCAUUGAUGCGCAAGAGCAAGCGUGCCCAGUUCAAGAUUACCGGGGACGACGACUAUUUUCGUCAUGAAAGCGCGGAAUGCGAGCUUGAUGGCAUCACAUUCGAAUUCGUGGAGAACAUUCCCCUCGGCUACACCAAGGUGCCUGUCCGGGUGGAUGACAAUGAGACCGAAUACGACACGGAGAUUGUGGCAGGCAUGGUCGGUGUCGCGGUGUCGAGCAGUGGUGAAGGUCUGGAUGAUUCGAACCCAGACACACUAUACGGCUUGAGCGAUGGCGUGAAGGACAAGACGACCCAGACAGAUGGAGAAAAGGACCAGACUUGA